AGGGCCCCAGUCCCAUCCUCAGCAGUCAACAGAGGACCUGGGAGGGAAGACUUAUUCUUGUUGGGCAGUACCUGUUAAUGAGGAAAGCAUUUCCAGCAAUUUCUUAGGACCAUGAUACCAGAGAUGAGAUCAGACCCUUCCUCCUUUCAGCUUUUCUCCCUGGCAGACAGCAGAACCCAGGAUUUGCCUGGGCCCGUUGCAUUGGGGAAAGCUUUUCAAAUACCAGCAGAUAAAAGCUUUCUGCAGCCAGCACUUGUCUUGGCCUGGAGGGGAGCAAACCUGCCCCGUCCUGCACCACUGCCCCCGCAGUGUAAACCAAAAAUAAAAUUCUAAGCUGCCCUCCCGACACAACCAUCUGAAUGAACUUCCUCCUCAGCCAGGGCUCUUAAAACUUAACCUGAGAGACUGUUUCAGGCCAUAAUGGAAGUGGGGAUCGAACAUGCCUCAUCAAACCUCUCCAGCACCAACAGCAACACAGACUUUAAGGCUGAUAAAAAACAUUUUGCAACUUAUUCUCUCUGAAGCCUGCUAGCUAAAAAGCUUCAUCUGCAUGAUAAAACUUUGGUCUCCACAACCUCUUAUCUUACAGACAUUCCUUUCUGUUUAAUCCCAGGUCUUUAGACAAAUUCAACCAAUUGUCAACCAGAAAGUGUUUAAAUUUACCUAUAGCCUGGAAGAACCCUCCCCCACCUUCAAAUUGUCCCGCCUUUCUGGACCAAACCAAUGUAUUUCUUAAAUGUAUUUGAUUGAUGUCUCAUGCCUCCUUAAAAUGUAGAAAAGCAAGCUGUACCCUUGAGCACAUGUUCUCAGAACUCCCUGAGGGCUGUGUCACAGGCCGUAGUCACUCAUAUUUGGCUCAGAAUAAAUCUCUAAAAAUAUUUUACAGUUUGACUCUUUUCAUCAACACCAGCACCACAUUAUCCCAGGAGGAAAAGCAGACGCGUGACAGAGUUGGAGAGCAGGCACAGAGUGCUGUGGCAGUCAGCCAGCACCCACAUCAACACCAAGGAGAGUCCUGCGGGUGCUGUGCAAGGCCAGGGUGCACGCGUUACUUUGGCUAAAAGGAGGUGAGCGGCACUCUGCCCUUCCAGAGCAAGCAUGGAGCAACAGGAUCAGAGCAUGAAGGAAGGGAGGCUGACGCUUGUGCUUGCCUUGGCAACCCUGAUAGCUGCCUUUGGGUCAUCCUUCCAGUAUGGGUACAACGUGGCUGCUGUCAACUCCCCAGCACUGCUCAUGCAACAAUUUUACAAUGAGACUUACUAUGGCAGGACCGGUGAAUUCAUGGAAGACUUCCCCUUGACGUUGCUGUGGUCUGUAACCGUGUCCAUGUUUCCGUUUGGAGGGUUUAUCGGAUCCCUCCUGGUCGGCCCCUUGGUGAAUAAAUUUGGCAGAAAAGGGGCCUUGCUGUUCAACAACAUAUUUUCUAUCGUGCCUGCAAUCUUAAUGGGAUGCAGCAGAGUCGCCAAGUCAUUUGAGCUCAUCAUUAUUUCCAGACUUUUGGUGGGAAUAUGUGCAGGUGUAUCUUCCAACGUGGUCCCCAUGUACUUAGGGGAGCUGGCCCCUAAAAACCUGCGGGGGGCUCUCGGGGUGGUGCCCCAGCUCUUCAUCACUGUUGGCAUCCUCGUGGCCCAGAUCUUUGGUCUUCGGAAUCUCCUUGCAAACGUAGAUGGCUGGCCGAUCCUGCUGGGGCUGACCGGGGUCCCCGCGGCGCUGCAACUCGUUCUGCUGCCGUUCUUCCCUGAAAGCCCCAGGUACCUGCUGAUUCAGAAGAAAGACGAAGCGGCCGCCAAGAAAGCCCUACAGACGCUGCGCGGCUGGGACUCUGUGGACAGGGAGGUGGCCGAGAUCCGGCAGGAGGAUGAGGCAGAGAAGGCCGCGGGCUUCAUCUCGGUGCUGAAGCUGUUCCGGAUGCGCUCGCUGCGCUGGCAGCUGCUGUCCAUCAUCGUCCUCAUGGGCGGCCAGCAGCUGUCGGGCGUCAACGCUAUCUACUACUACGCGGACCAGAUCUACCUGAGCGCCGGCGUGCCGGAGGAGCACGUGCAGUUCGUGACGGCCGGCACCGGGGCCGUGAACGUAGUCAUGACCUUCUGCGCCGUGUUCGUGGUGGAGCUCCUGGGUCGGAGGCUGUUGCUGCUGCUGGGCUUCUCCAUCUGCCUCGUAGCCUGCUGCGUGCUCACUGCGGCCCUGGCACUGCAGGACACGGUGUCCUGGAUGCCAUACAUCAGCAUCGUCUGUGUCAUCUCCUACGUCAUAGGACAUGCCCUCGGGCCCAGUCCCAUACCCGCGCUGCUCAUCACUGAGAUCUUCCUGCAGUCCUCUCGGCCAUCUGCCUUCAUGGUGGGGGGCAGCGUGCACUGGCUCUCCAACUUCACCGUGGGCUUGAUCUUCCCAUUCAUCCAGGAGGGCCUCGGCCCGUACAGCUUCAUUGUCUUUGCCGUGAUCUGCCUUCUCACCACCAUUUACAUCUUCUUGAUUGUCCCCGAGACCAAGGCCAAGACGUUCAUAGAGAUCAACCGGAUUUUCACCAAGAUGAAUAAGGUGUCUGAAGUAUACCCGGAAAAGGAGGAACUGAAAGAGCUUCCACCUGUCACUUUGGAACAGUGACUCUGGAGAGGAAGCCAGUGGAACCGGUCUGCCAGGGGCUUCCCCCUUUGGCUUAUUUUUCUGACUUCUAGCUGUCUGUGAAUAUCUAGAAAUAAAACAACUCUGAUGUGGAAUGCAGUCCUCAUCUCCAGCCUCCCCACCCCAGUGGGAACUGUGCAAAGGGCUGCCUUGCUGUUCUUGAAGCUGGGCUGUCUCUCCAUGUUGGCCUGUCACCAGCCCCGAGUCAAGCAAACAGCUGGUCCUCCACUUUGCUGGUUCAGCCUUCGUGUGGCUCCUGGUAACACGGCUCCACCUUGCUGGGUCAACCUUUGUGUGGCUCCUGGUAACAUAACAAAAACAGUUACUAUAGUGGUGAGAUGGAAGGAAUCAAAUUUUGCCAGAGAAACUAACUUGGUGGCCCUGACAGGUCUUCCGGGCCUGUCUAAAAUUUUUUUAGAGCCAAAUUCAUCCUCUUACCAGAUCCUUUUCCAGAAAUACCUGUCUAAGAAGGUGUGAUGUCAGAAACAAUGACAUCCAGAAAGCUGAGGAACAGGUUCCUGUGGAGACACUGAGUCAGAAUUCUUCACCCUAAAUUAUACUGUUAGUGGAAAAUGGAAUUGCUUCUGUGUAGUCAAUAAAAUGAAUCUGAUCACUUUUCAA